GAACUACAUUUCCCAUCUGCCCUGGCUGUCACAGGCUAAUAGCACCAGCUGCUUUCCAUUGCCCUAAUGAGUGAUUCUACUGCUGCAACGAGACCAAAUACAACGAAAGUAUUGAUGCUGCAAAAGAAGACGGAUCUUUUGGUAGGCUGGUUAAUGAUGACCACAAGCACCCAAAUGGCAGAAUGCAGAAGACUGAAGUGGAUGGAAGCCCACAUCUUGGUCUGUUUGCUUUAACAGACUUUAAAGAAGGUUGAGUUGGUGUUUUCUCACAGAGGAAAGCUGUAGAGUUCUGUCCUCAGUUCUCAGAUCAAACUCCUCCAGACUGAGAGAACUGGACCUGAGUCACAAUAACCUGCAGGAUUCAGGAGUGAAGCUGCUCUCUGCUGGACUGGAGAAUCCACACUGUACACUGGAGAAACUGAGAAUAAAUGGUUAGGAAGUGAAAGUGAAAGUCAGUCUCCAUUUUGUGUGGAGGGGAAAAUACAGCAUUUCAGGAGUAAAAACACAAGACUAUUUCCUGUAAGUGAACUCUGUGCUGAAACAGGGUUUGAUUUAACACACCGAUGUUGGAGUGAAGUAAACAUGUGUCCUGCUGUAAUCUGGAGAAGGAGACAUGACCUCCAACAUGAGUGUGUCUGGAGAACAGGACUUAAAGAGAGACGAGAGAAUGAUGGAGGGAAAGAGAUCAGACUCACCAGAACCCAGCUGUGUGUCCAUGAAGAGUGACCAGUCAAUGGGUAUUCCAAUUUACUUCAGAGAUGGAGCCAGUUCUCCUGAUGUGAGACCACAACAGAAGAAAUCAAACCUCAGCAGAAAUCAGUUGGACUCCAUAUUCAAGGAGCUGGAACACAAAGUCCUCACUCUGAUAAAGAAUGAGCUGAAGAGGUUUAGGAAGCUCCUGAGUCCAGAUUACCCAGCAUGCACUGAGAGGGAGGUGCAGGAUGAGGAGGAUCUGCACAGUGUCAGAGACGGAGCGCUGAAGAUCACACUGCACGUCCUGAAGAACAUGGACCACACAGAUCUCGCUAACACACUGCACAACAAGUCUGUGGCCUCUGUGUAUCAGACAAAGCUGAAAUCCAGCCUGAGAGAGAAGUUUAAAAGAAUUAAUGAAGGAAUCUCACAGCAUGGAAGCUCAGCACUUCUGAAUGAGAUCUACACAGAUCUCUACAUCACAGAGGGGUGGAGUGGAGACGUCAAUAAUGAACAUGAGGUGAGACAGAUUGAGACAGCGUCCAGGAGACCAGCAGCACAGGAGAAACCCAUCAAAUGUAACGAUCUCUUUAAAGACAAGUCCAUCAGAAGAGUGCUGACUAAAGGAGUUGCUGGAAUUGGAAAAACAGUCUCUGUGCAGAAGUUCAUUCUGGACUGGACUGAAGGAAAAGCAAAUCAGGACGUCACCUUCAUGUUUCCACUUCCCUUUAGAGAGCUGAAUCUGAUGAAGCAGAAACAUCUCAGUCUGAUGGAUCUUCUUCAUCACUUUUUCCCUGAAAUGAGAAAACUACAGUUAAUAGACUCCUACAAAGUGGUGUUGAUCUUUGAUGGUCUGGAUGAGUGUCGACUUCCUCUAAAUUUCCAGAAGAAUGAGAGACUGUGUGAUGUGACAGAGUCAGCCUCAGUGGAUGUGCUGCUGACGAACCUCAUCAAGGGGAAUCUGCUUCCCUCUGCUCUCCUCUGGAUCACCUCUCGACCAGGAGCAGCCAAUCAGAUCCCUCCUGAGUGUGUAGACCAGGUCACAGAGGUACGAGGGUUCAGUGAUCCUCAGAAAGAGGAGUACUUCAGGAAGAGGAUCAGUGAUCAGAGCCUGGCCAAUAAAAUCAUCUCACACAUGAAGUCUUCAAGAAGCCUCUACAUCAUGUGUCACAUCCCAGUCUUCUGCUGGAUCUCAGCCACUGUUCUAGAGAGAAUGUUGGGUGGAGCAGAGAGUGGAGAGAUCCCCAAGACUCUGACUCAAAUGUUCACACACUUCCUGAUCUUUCAGAUCAAACACAAGGACCAAAAGUACCAUCAGAAAUGUGACCCUGAUCCUCAGCAGACCAGAGAGAGUAUCCUGGCACUGGGAAAACUGGCUUUCCAACAGCUGGAGAAAGGAAACCUGAUCUUCUAUGAGGAAGACCUGAGAGAGUGUGGCAUUGAUGUGAGAGAAGUGUCAGUGUACUCAGGAGUGUGUACCCAAAUCUUCAGAGAGGAGUUUGGGCUUCACCUGGGGAAGGUGUUCAGCUUUGUACAUCUGAGUGUUCAGGAGUUUCUGGCUGCUUUAUACACAUUUCUCUCCUUCAUCAGCAAAAUUGUAACAGAACAACCAACCACUGAUCUGUCUGAUCUUCUCAACAAGUCAGACAUGUCUGAUCUCCUCAGGAGUGCAGUGGACAAGGCCUUACAGAGUGAGAACGGACACCUGGACCUGUUCCUCCGCUUCCUUCUGGGUCUCUCACUGGAGUCCAAUCAGACUCUCUUACGAGGCUUAAUGCCACAGACAGGAAGCAGCUCUCACAGCAAACAGGAAACAGUCGAGUACAUCAAGGAGAAGAUCAGGGAGAAUCCAUCUCCAGAGAAAUCCAUCAAUCUGUUCCACUGUCUGAAUGAACUGGAUGAUCAUUCUCUAGUGCAGGAAGUACAGACUUACCUGAACAGAGGAGGAAACAGUCGUCUCAGUGGAACCAGACUCUCUCCUGCUCAGUGGUCAGCUCUGGUGUUUGUGUUACUGAACUCAGAUCAGGAGCUGGAUGUGUUUGAUUUGAGUAAAUAUGACCCAUCAGAGGAAUGUCUUCUGAAGCUGCUGCCAGUGGUCAAAGCCUCCAGAAGAGCUGAUCUGUGUGAGUGUGAUCUGACAGAGGAAAGCUGUAGAGUUCUGUCCUCAGUUCUCAGAUCAAACUCCUCCAGACUGAGAGAACUGAACCUGAGUGUCAAUAACCUGCAGGAUUCAGGAGUGAAGCUGCUCUCUGCUGGACUGGAGAAUCCACACAGUACACUGGAGAUACUGAGGUACACACACACACUCACACACACUCACACACACUCACACACACUCACACACACACACACACACACACACACACACACACACACACUCACACACACACACACUCACACACACACACUCACACACACUCACACACACACACACACACACUCACACACACUCACACACACACACACACACACACUCACUCUGUACACUGGAGAUACUGAGGUACACACACACACACACACACACACACACACACACACAUGAUUUGUGUUGAGAACUGGAUCUGAAGGGUAAUAAUCCAGGAGAAUCAGGAGUGAAGCUGCUCUCUGAUCUACUGAAGGAUCCACACUGUAACCUGGAGACACUACGGUGAGUUACUGACUUACUGUCUCUUUACUCUACUGUAUCAUACUGAAUAAUGUGCAUGUGUAUGUGUGUGUGUGUGUGUGUGUGUGUGUGUGUGUGUGUGUGUGUGUGUGUGUUUAUGCUGAUGUGUGUUUACACUGAUGUUCUUCUGUCUUACAGCAUUAAGGGUAAUAAACUCACCAGGACUGGCGUAUGACAGGAGUCUCACCUCAAACCUCUUCUCCAGGAUAAAGCAGUUUUGGUGAAGAGUUAGAACCCGUCCCACAUUUCCAGCAGUUUGGGAGCUGAAUCAUUAAACUUAAAGGGGCAGAGCAGAAACAAAGUCAAGAACAGGCAGAAGGUCGUACACAGGAGAAAUCAACACACGUAACCAAAUAUCUGCUGUACAAAGCAACGGCACCGAUCUGCCCCGGGGAUGGAGACUGACGAGGCUUAAGUACACGUCCGGAAAUGUACAGAAAACUCAUCCCAAAGCACGAGGUGGGAGCAGGCGUGUACGAGAUGUGAUCGUCCAAUGGCCAGCAGGAACAUGACACACUGCAGUGGACUGGGCUUAAAAGAGGAGGAGACAAGACACCCAUCCCUCCCCCGACAUAGACACACGAAUGGAACAUAGUACAAACAGAAAUACAACUGAGGACGUAACAAUGGUCAAGUAUCAAAUAAAAUGUAAACGUGCAUUGAUGAAGUUAAUGUUGUUAGUAAUUGUUUAGAAAUUACCAUGGUAACACGGAGCUCCAAGGUAUAAAAAUAUGGAGUUUGUCAUCAAUCAAACAGUAACCAGUUUUAAUACCUAAAAACGUUUACGUAGCAAAAUUUAGCAAAGCACUUUACAGUAAAUUUAAAUGUAAAAUUAAACUAAUGAAAUGUUGUGCAGCACAUGCUUAUGUUAAUGUUUGUUACAUUAUAUAAUCAUAUAAAUAAAUAAAUACUCCCAAAGUCACUAGAAUUGAAAGCUUUGGUGCUGUUAAACAUUUAGAGAUUGAGGUUGUGGUGACUCAGUAUUUCACUCAGUAUAUCUGGGUAAGACACAGUGAACGACUCACUGCUGGCAUUCAUGAAGAAGUCAUAAACUCCACUGGAAUAAUAAAUAGGAUCUAAUAAAAC